UAUCCAUUUUUGUUUUGUUACACAUCAUUUUUUCUUGUAUGUCUGUAUCAAUUUAAUCGAUCUAUAUAACAUUUAAUCCGAGUUAUCAAUGGUGGUUAUCACAUUCAUACAUUACAAUUUUUAUGCAUAAAAACACAUAAACUUUGUCGAACAAAUCAUUCUUUUAUUAUUGAAUUGAAAAAAUAGUUUGAUUCGAGCCGCUUAUUGUUUACAAUGGAACUUCAACGAAAAUUACAUCGAACUGAUCGAAUAUUAAUGGUAAUCAUUGCUGUUGGUUUUUUAUUGAAUACUUAUGCAUUUUAUGUUGAAUUGAAACAUGAAUAUGAUCCAUCAUAUCAAGCAUUAUGUGAUGUGAAUUCCGUCAUCAGUUGUACGAAAGUAAUUACCACAAAAUGGGGCAAAGGUUUCGGAAUUCUACCUGAAUCGGUGGCUUUUAGAAAUCCAAUAUUUGGUUUUGUAUUCUAUACACUCAUGCUAUUAAUGAUCAUGGCCAUUAAACCUAAUAUAAUUGUUUGUAAAUCAAUAAUAUUUUUGGCAAUUCUAUCGAAUUUGGCUACAAUUUAUCUAAGCAUUUUGAUGAUAUACAUCAUUCAAUAUUUUUGUUUAAUAUGUAUCAUUUCAUAUAUUGUUAAUUUUCUUUUACUCAUCUAUUCUAUUGUUCGUUAUCAGCUUUUAAAACAAUUGAAAUCAAAAUCUAAAUUGCGAUAAAAAAAAUCCACAAUAAAAUUCUGU